CCCUAUCCAGCUCCAAUAGAGCAAGUAGAGCUGCUCUUGUGCAACCAACACCACCACCUCCUCCAUUGAUUCACAGACUUCAAAUUCCCCCACAAGCAGCCCAUCAGCUUCCACAGUGAUCAGAUUAAUAACAACAAUAGCCUGUGAUCACACAGGAGGAGAUAACCAGCGCUGCUCGUCCUCCGCGGGAUACUUGGAUAGCUACAGCAACAGGAUCCAUCCCUGCUCAUCUCUCCUUUUUUCACGCCUGAUCCACACCUGUGUUUUCCACUUUGAGAACACCCGCUGUUUUUGUGCAUCUACUUGGAUACCUGCGUGUUGUCCUUUAUAAAUGUCGGACUGAAUAUAACUGCUAUGACAGGGAAACUAGCGGAGAAGCUCCCUCUUACCAUGAGCAGUUUAAUAAACACGAUCCCUGACAGUCUCUACCCAGAAGAGGACAUCCCGACGUCUAUGAAUAUUUUCACCAGUACGGAAUCUAUUAACCACUAUUCACAGAUGAACACAGAUAAUAUCAUGGAUCUGGGCAUGGGCAGCGAGAAAGCAACUGGAGAGAUUCAGUAUGGAUCCAGCUUCCAGUCCAACCGCAGCGGGCAGACUGUCACUUAUCUGGGGAAGUUUGCCUUUGACACUCCUCCGUCAGGUGGCAUUGGUGGCUCUGGCUGGUGCUCUGAUAACAAUAUCAUCAGUCUUGUCAGCGCUGGGAUCCUGGGCGUUUCUCCAUCACCCAGCACGGUAACGACGCAGACAUCAUCCUCCGCAGCCAGCAUGGGCGGACAGACGUCAGAUAUGGAGCAGGUUUAUGGUCCGCCACUGCCUGCCUAUUCCACCUGCAGUGACCUGUACCAGGACCAGGUCUCCUUCCACCACAGCCCUGCCACCAGCACGGCUCUAGCCUACCCUGGCAAUGACUAUCACUCCACAUCCAAAGCCUCCAUGGAUGGCAGCCUUUUCUCUAUGAUCCCUGACUACAACCUUUUCCAUCAUCAGGGGGAGGUUGGCGUGAUGGAGCACAAGCCCUUCCAGACCAUGGACCCCAUCCGAGUCAACCCUCCACCCAUCACACCCCUGGAGACCAUCAGAGCGUUCAAAGACAAGCAGCAGAUUCACCCAGGUUUCAUCGGUGGGCAGCAGCACCCGCCUCAGCACCACCCACCGCCACAGACUCUCACCCUCAAACCCAUCCGACCACGGAAGUACCCCAACCGCCCCAGCAAAACCCCCGUCCAUGAGCGGCCACAUGCCUGUCCGGCAGAGAACUGUGACAGACGCUUCUCACGCUCAGACGAGCUCACGCGUCACCUUCGCAUCCACACAGGUCACAAACCCUUCCAGUGCCGAAUAUGCAUGCGCUCCUUCAGCCGGAGUGACCACCUGACCACACACAUCCGCACACACACAGGUGAGAAACCCUUCUCCUGUGAGUUCUGUGGACGCAAGUUUGCCAGAAGUGACGAGCGAAAGAGACACGCAAAGGUUCACCUGAAACAGAAGGACAAGAAGCCAGCUGACAAGAACAGUGGGGCAGCUGGGAGCCACAGCUCGCCACCCAGCUCCUGUGGGGGGCCAACAGUGGGAACAUCAUGACCGUCACUACGUGCACUUGGACUGGACCCUCACCACGCCCCAUAAAGAGACUUAGGAAGAAGGGAUCACAUCCACUAUGAGAUAAAUAGGUGACUCUUUUCCUCUCUUUUACAUCCCCUGCUAUUUUCAGUUCCUUCUAUUUUGAGAUGGAUGCCUUUAGUUUAAGUAAGAGGGGAGAGGCUGCUACGCCCUUCUCUUUCAAGUAACUCAGAGCCUCAGCUACUGUAACACAGUGCCAACACAAAGAAGGGCACCUUGGCACAUUCCGUCCAAAAGACCACUGUGUAUCUAUAGGUUUUGGGUGGAUACACGUUUGUAAAUUUUACUGAGAAUUUCUUAAUUGGAAGGAAGCCAGAAUCCAUCAUAAGGGUCAAAACAGACAAAAUUACAAUGGAGCUUAGUUAAAGGGUGAGUUGUCUGGGAUGUAUGCAUUAAUUUUAUUAGGCUGUUAAAAAGUGCAAUUGGUUAUAUUUGUGUACUGUCAUGGAUACCUUAUUAGUGGCACUUGACUGUCUUUUUGUUGUUUUUUGUUGAGGUGUCGUGUUUUUAUUUUCAAAUUGAAUGUUGUUUUCUCAAAAGAAUGUGCCAAAUGUAUUGUGGUGAUACAGCCAACCUUGUUCUUAUUAUUGUGCCUGACAUUUACCAAACAUAACCAUGAAAUCAGCUUAGCACACAUGUUGAGUUAAAGGAAAGAUCAGAUUCAAACACUGUAUCUCAGAUUUCGAUUUACCUGCACAAUUUGGUUAAAUCUAGAUGAUGACUGAAUGGGUUACACAAAGCAAACCGAUGUCUUGUCCUGUUACCUGUACUUACAAAACAAACACGCCUGCAGCAAAUCAAAGCCUUUGCCAAUACUUAUUUAUUUGUAGUCACUGAGAAGACACUGUGUAUUUUUGUUGCCUUUUUUAAUAUGGUGGCUAUAUGUAGUGUUACCAGAUAUAAUUUCUGUUACUUUUUUUGAAAAGCUCACCAAUACUGUUCAUUUUUCUUGAGUUCUGCAAUUAUAUGCAAUAUAUUCAUGACAUAUGCCACCAACCCAUAAAUCAAAUUAACUAAGAGCACAGUUAGACAGACUGAACUACUUAAAUAAAUGCCACUGGGUUGCAAACCAGCAGUAUAUGAAAGCAAAGAUGAAUAAGGAUGCACAGUGUAAAAAGACUAAAUUACUUGGCUGAAGUCACCAAAAGAUGAGCAGCGUAUGGUAAGAGAAAAUUUUUAAUGUUUAAAUUCAUGUUUACAUCUUUUCUAAUACAGUGAGACUGAGACUGGGUUGUAAACUAAGGAGUUGUUGUUUUUGUACAGUAUGCAGAUAGAUACAGUAGAAGUUUCACUUUUGUACUCAAAUGUCAAAUGCACCAUAACUUAGUAUUAAAUUGUGCAUAUAUGUGCAUGCCUUCAUGCACACUAUGUAAAUACAAAUGUCUGCAUAAACAAUUGACUGAAUGCUUGUGCGGAAUCUGUCUUAAAGCUUUUAGUAAUGUAGUUAUAAUACAGAAUAUUUUGUUGUCAUAGGUCAUUGCAAAAUUUUUUGGAGCACUACAAUAGUGCCAAAUAUGGUGUAUUAUCUUCCAUAAAAGAAAAAAAGACUAAUAGCAUUUGCACCAUCUGUACGCUUUAAAGUGGUAACUGGUUUAAGGAAGCACUAAUGUGUUCUCUGAAUAAACAACAAGAUUUUUUUUACAUUUUGUGUAUCUCCAUUAUAGUCGCAAUCAGUUAUUUCAAUCAACACAUCUUCCCCAUUGUAAAGAAAACACUGGUUGUUCUCAGAUAGACAGGAGACUAAAUGAUUGGAUCCUUUCUUAAACAAAAUAUAUUACAGGGCAAUGCCAAUAUUUUUCACGGGUGGUUCCUUAUUGAUCUUUGUCCUGAUAGAAGGAAAUACCUCUCAUAUCAUCCAAUGAAACAUUUUGUGUGGGCUCAUCUCUUCCAAUGGGGUCUUAAAGGUGUAUUAUAACAAUAGUGACAAAUUUACAACAGUGACCAGUGACUACAUUUGAUAAAACUUACUGAUGCCAGCAUAAUCACUUUUUCUCAGAAAUAUUUUAUUUUGAGCUUACCUCUGUAAAGGAGGAAGGUUUUGUUUCUCUAAGACUGCAUUAUGGCCUUGGGGAGCAAAAGCAAAUAACUGAGAUGCUAAUAUGGCAUUUUCAUCAUUUAUAAUGAAUUUAUUAUAUUUUUGGUAAAAAAUAAAUUAAAAAAACAAUGAAAAAUUGUGAAAAUUGAAAAUUCCAGAAUGAAUAAGACUGCAGAUAUUGAAAAUCAUAAGGUAUUUACUUCUGUCAAGGCUAGUAUAAAACCCAUACGUCAAAAAUAUUGGUACUGGUUUUAGCAAACAAAUCAUUCAGAUUUAUUCCAUUACUGUUAAUGUAUUAUUUGAGGAGUAAGAACCUUGUCCAUGUGCUAAGAUAGUUUCUGACUUUUAUGGAUUAAGUUUAUUGCUCAAAUGCCUCCUUUUAAAAGAAACAUUCUUCUCUCCAUCUGCUUUGACAAUAUUUCUGGUUAUUGGCUGUGCUCUCUGACUGUUAAGGAGUGUAGGCUGUAUGCGAGGAAGAUCAUUUAUAUUGUUACAUUGUUAUCAGCUGGAAAAAAAUGUAUUGUACUGGUCAGUAGACACAUCAAUCAGACUUCAGAGAAUAUCGACUGACAAAUGCCAAGGCCAAAAGAAAUAUUCAGAAAAGCAGUGCCAUGAGAACACAGUGCAUACAGAAAUGAGCUUUCAAGGCCAUGCUUUCCCUUCCCCUGUAACAACCAGUUUUCACUGCUGAGCUUCCUGGCAAGUGUCCACCUAUUUUCCAAUUAAUUUGGCCUCAGAGAGUCUUUUCUCAACUCAUCUACAUGGUUAAAUGAACAGACCUCCUUGCACUUUUUCAGAUAGUUUAAAAGUUCACACACAGCUAACUGUAAAUCAAGUGUAUCAUAAAAUAUUUUAUUUUAUUGCAUGGAUGGUCAUCAACAAAUGAAACUUUUCUGAGCUUAUCCCAUGCAAUACAAUACAACUGAAAUGAAAAUCACAGCUUAACAAACUGAAAAUGUAACUUUUUACAUAUUACAUUUCACGGCAUUCCUUAUUUCUGAUCUCAGAUAAUUAGCUUGAUAGUAACUAAGAUUCAAACAUUAGAUUGGGAUUUGCCAGGUUAAAUCUUUCAAUGAGUAAUGACCUAUAAUGUAAACAUCAUGUAAUAGACAGUCUCAUGGAGUUAACACAAAAGACUAUAUAUAGUACAUGAGGUGAUAGGAAAUACAAAAUGUUUCUCUUUAAUGUUUAUCUAGAAUAAUUUGAUGUUAGACAUUAUAGACUCUGAAUCAUUUUGAAUUUAUUUGACCAAAAAAUAUGCUCUGGUGUGCUCUUGAUUUGACACUUUGCUGGUGAGAAUGGAUGUUUUUAAUUAUAAUAUAUAGAAUGUGACCUUCUCUAAGAGAAAACUGUGUUUAUGUUGCUUUGUGUUAGGGAAUGAUGCAGAGUAAGGCGGAGACUACACCAAACUAUUUCCACAUCUAAAUGAAGCCAUGUAAUUACAACUUUGCAAACACAAUAUUUCAUCAGUCAUAUCAUCUCACUGUGUUUGUCACUUUUGUUUUGUGACACUUUUGUAAUGGACAGAUAGAUUUUGUAAAAUGUAUAUGAUCCCCUCCAUCCCACUCCCUCAAUAUAGUUUGGUGGUUGAACAACAAUACAGGCUGCACCAUGUUCUGCUAAACAAUAAUCCUUCUGUGUAAUGUGUGAAUGCUAUAGAUAUAUGUCAGUGACUUGUUAAACAAACUCAGAAACAACCCCCUCUUAAUAGUGCAUCUCCAAGAAUAAUUUAUUUUAUGUUUUUUAUGUUCUAUUGUCCAAAAGUGGGCAGCUGAACGCUUUGAAAUGGAAUUUGCCUCAUGCUCGUUCUCUGCUCCACGUUGGAUCCGAGCCAACAUCAGCAGCCAUCUUUGUGCCAAACUGGGUUGCAGGGUUGGCUGAUCAAAAACAAUAUGUGAUGAGAACUCCACAGGAGCAACAAAUCAUAAAUGUGACCUCAGUCCACUUGCAGUUGAAGGCAGCCUUGUGCUAAUGUUUGUGUUUAACUGUUUGAUUUAGCCUCCGUGAAGUUGGCCUUGGGCAGGGCAAUAGGCUUGGGCUCAUUCAUGACAAUUAAAAAUUACAGGAUUUUCUUUUUUUUUUAAACUCACGUUUGAAGAGAUUUCAAUAAUGUGUAGAUAUUAUAGGCUACUCAUGUCAUCUUAUGGACUACAGGGUGGCUUCAGGGAUUUUGUGGUCUUCAACAGUGACACUGUGGUGUUCAGAUGGAGUCGAGACUCACUGUUUUCUGUUGUGUUGUGUUUCCUUUUCAUUACAGUAUAUCCUCAUGUUUGCAUGUGCACGGAAAUGUUCCAAAGUGCUACCCUCAGAUGCUGUGGGUGGUGCUCAUUUCUUUAUUAUGCAUGAAAAUAAAAGUCACAUUGGGUGAAAUGGGAUAAACCUAACAACAAUUCAAGACAGACAAUUGAAAACACACACUGGGAUAACUGUUCUGUUGGCUUUUUUUAAUAAGAAAACAAGGGGUCUUGUUUAAAAUGUUGUGGAUGUCUUUAGCCUAUUUCAUGUUUUUAUUACCUUAUAAUAAGGUCCUUUUAUGAUGAGCUGAAUAUUGAAAUGAAUUUUACUAUAUUCUUGUGAUGGGGAGAUGUGCUCCCCUGUUUACUUGCCACUUAAGUUUGUUGUAAUGCAAUUGUUUUGUUAUUUCUAUGUAAGUACUUGAAUAAAGAAAAAUAUCACUUGC